CUUCGCUUCUUUUCUUCGCUUUUUGUUGAUUCGCUCUAGUUAGAUACUGUGAGUCUUUGAUUCGUUUUUCAAGAAGCUACUCAAUAUAGCCUGCAUCUCCCUGCUUGAUUGAACAGCAAGCACAGAAAUAACUCAACCUUCCAUUUUAUCAAUUUUCAUCUGAAAGGAGGGCAUUGAGAGGAUGGAAAUGAGAAUUUCACUAGCUGUUCUUCUUGUUCUUCUGCUGGCAUCUGCUUGUUCUGGCUAUAGUGAUUUUGAGAUACUGUUGAAGCUGAAAACCUCCAUGCUCGGACCACAUGGCAGUGGCCUGGACGACUGGAAACUCUCGCUGUAUUCCUCUGCUCACUGCUCCUUCUCUGGAGUUACUUGCAAUGAGGAAUCACUGGUGGUUUCUCUUAACUUCUCGUCUCAUUGUCUUCUCACCGGUUAUAUUCCUCCAGAAAUUGGGUUAUUGAACAAGCUCGUCAACCUCACCCUCUCUUCACAUAAUCUCACCGGAAGGCUCCCUUUGGAAAUGGCAGACCUCACGUCUCUUAAAAUUUUCAACAUUUCCAAUAACGCCUUCGUUGGCAAUUUCCCUGGAGAGAUCACUCUUGGCAUGACUCAGCUUGAGAUCCUUGACUGUUACAACAAUAAUUUCUCGGGUCCAUUGCCAGUGGAGCUUGUGCACCUGAAGAAUCUCAAGCAUCUUCAUCUCGGUGGGAACUAUUUUUCUGGCUCUAUACCAGAGUCAUACUCGGAGAUUCAGAGUUUAGAGUACUUGGGCUUGAACGGGAAUGGACUUUCCGGCAAAGUCCCUUCGAGCUUGGCUAAGUUGAAGAAUCUCAGAAGCUUGUAUAUUGGGUACUUUAGUACAUACGAAGGAGGUAUUCCACCGGAGUUUGGGUCGUUGAGUUCGCUUGAAGUUCUUGACAUGGCGUUCUGUAAUCUCUCAGGCGAGAUUCCUUCCACCUUAGGCCAACUAAAGCGCCUGCAUUCCUUGUUUCUUCAAAUGAAUAAUCUCUCAGGUUUUAUCCCUACUGAACUCUCUGGUUUAAUUAGCUUGAAAUCUCUUGAUCUCUCAAUCAAUGGCCUAACUGGAGAGAUACCAGAGAGCUUUUCUGAGUUGAAGAACAUCACCCUAUUCCAUCUGUUUAAGAACAACAUGCACGGUCAAAUCCCAGAGUUUAUCGGCGAUUUUCCAAAUCUUGAGGUACUUCAUGUUUGGGGAAACAACUUCACGUUUGAACUCCCUAAGAAUCUUGGCCGGAACGGGAAGCUAAAGAUGCUGGACGUUUCUUUCAAUCAUCUCACUGGUUUGAUUCCUCGGGAUUUAUGCAAAGGAGGGAAAUUGCAGGAGUUGAUUCUCAUGGGUAAUUUCUUCCUUGGGCAGCUUCCAGAUGAACUUGGCCAGUGCAAGUCCUUGUCCAAAAUCCGAAUUAUGAAUAACCUCCUAUCAGGAACUGUCCCUGCUGGAAUCUUUAAUCUGCCGUUUGUGACUGUGGUUGAGUUGAACGACAACUUUUUCUCCGGAGAACUGCCUUAUGAGAUGUCUGGAAAUAAAGUCGGGCUGUUGACGAUUUCUAACAACAGAAUAAGCGGAAGCAUCCCGCCUGCGUUUGGGAAAUUGAGCAAUUUACAGAUUUUAUCGCUUGGUCUCAACAAAUUUUCUGGUGAAAUUCCUAGUGAAAUCUUCGAUCUCAAGUACCUCACCACGAUCAACAUCAGCGCCAACAACCUGAGCGGUGAAAUUCCCCCUUCAAUUUCCCAGUGCGCCUCUCUAACUUCAGUUGAUUUCAGUCGAAACAAGCUUCAAGGAGAGAUUCCAAAAGAGAUUGCAAAACUGAAAGAUUUGAGUAUUCUCAACAUCUCUCAAAAUCAGCUUACUGGCCAAAUACCUGGCGACAUUCGGUACAUGACGAGCCUUACAACUCUCGAUCUCACCUACAACAAUCUACUAGGCAGAAUCCCCACAGGAGGGCAGUUUCUGGUGUUCAACGAGAGCUCGUUUGCAGGAAAUCCCAAUCUCUGUGCUCCACGCCAAGCUUCUUGCCCGUCUCUCAUUAACAUGCUUCGAGGGUCGGGUCAUGGCCACACGGCGUCGUUCAGCACGUCGAAGCUAAUAAUCACGGUCAUUGUACUUGUCACUGUUUUGCUGCUAAUAAUCGUGACGGUUUACAGAAUGAGGAAGAAGAGGCUCGAGAAAUCAAGGGCUUGGAAGCUAACCGCUUUCCAAAGGCUGGAUUUUAAAGCAGAGUACGUGCUGGAGUGCUUGAAAGAAGAGAACAUCAUAGGCAAAGGCGGUGCUGGGAUCGUCUACCAUGGGUCCAUGCCAGACGGUGUUGACGUCGCAAUCAAACGUUUGGUGGGUAAAGGGAGCGGAAGGAGCGAUCACGGAUUCUCCGCCGAGAUUCAAACUCUUGGAAGAAUCAGGCACCGAUAUAUUGUGAGGCUGUUGGGGUACGUAUCGAACAAGGAUACCAAUUUGUUACUAUACGAGUACAUGCCGAAUGGGAGCUUAGGGGAGCUGUUACAUGGAUCGAAGGGAGGGCAUUUGAAGUGGGAGACGAGGUACAGGAUCGCCGUUGAGGCUGCGAAGGGGCUUUGUUAUCUUCACCAUGACUGCUCUCCUCUGAUAAUACACAGGGAUGUGAAGUCCAACAAUAUCUUGCUUGAUUCAGACUUUGAAGCUCAUGUGGCUGACUUUGGACUGGCCAAGUUCCUGCAGGACGCUGGUGCAUCGGAGUGCAUGUCCUCCAUUGCUGGUUCCUAUGGUUACAUCGCACCAGAAUACGCUUACACACUGAAAGUGGACGAGAAAAGCGAUGUCUACAGCUUUGGUGUGGUGCUGCUGGAACUAAUAGCAGGGAGAAAACCAGUUGGGGAAUUUGGAGAUGGAGUGGACAUAGUGAGAUGGGUGAGAAAAACCACAUCAGAAGUCGCUCAGCCGUCGGAUGCAGCUUCAGUAUUGGCAAUCUUGGACACUAGGCUUACUGGGUACCCACUUACAAGUGUGAUUCACCUGUUUAAGAUAGCUAUGAAGUGUGUUGAGGAUGAAAGCCCUGCUAGGCCUACCAUGAGGGAAGUUGUUCACAUGCUCACUAAUCCGCCUCGCCAGUCUGCCCCAAGUCUGCGCACCCUUUAAGGACCCUGGAGUAUAAACAAAUGUGUUUCAGCAAUAAAAACAAAAACAAAUCGUAAUAAGCUUGUGAAAAAUUAAAGAUUUCCUUGCUUGGCACAUGGCCAUAUGUGACAAAUGCUAUUUUCUGUGUUUUUGUAAAAAUGCUAUUGAGACUAACAUGCUCCACUCUCAUAAUAUCUUUCCUCUCUGUUUACAAGCUUGAAAUUGAUUUUGUAAGCUUGCCAUUGAAAGGCCAGCCUUUGAUACAAGUACUCUUAUGUUGUCUUCAUCUUUUAUGAUUUAUUUCCUCUGCCAGUGACUGGAUAUUGUGGUUUAGAUCCUGUAUCAUUUCAUCAUUUACAGUAAAAAUAUAUUUUGUUGUAAGAAAAA